AUGGCUCAAGUGGUUAUUGGGACCCCUGGCACGAUUAAUAAGUGGAUGACUUUUAAGAAACUUGGGGUGACAAGUUUGAAGAUUCUUGUUUUUGAUGAGGCUGAUCAAAUGCUUGCUGAGGAUGGAUUUAAAGAUGAUUCCCUGAGGAUAAUGAAAAGAAUAGAAAAAUUCAAUUCUAACUGUCAGGUUCUUUUGUUUUCUGCUACAUUCAAUGACAUUGUCAAGAAUUUUGUUUCGAGGACAGUUAAGCAGGAUUAUAAUACACUUUUUGUGAAGGAACUAUCUUUAGAUGUCGUAAAGCAAUAUAAAGUUCAUUAUCCUGAUGAACUCUCUAAGAUUGAAAUGAAAAAAGAUUACAUACUCGAAAUAGGAGAGAAUCUGGGGCAAACUAUAAUAUUUGUGCGCACAAGAAAUAGUGCAAAAAUGUUACAUAAAUCACUUGUUGUCGCUCCUGUUGUCGCUCCCGUCGCCCCAAGUAAGGGAGUCGACAAGGGAAAAAGGAAAAUGGUGAACAUUGUUAAAAGGAAGGUCCGGUCUGCAGCGGACAUUCCUGCCGAGGAGCUUGCUAGGAGGACUGGCGGCCCGGUUAUUAAGGAUGUGCAGGAGAAUGCCCAGAGUUUGGCGGUCAACCCUUCUGCACCUGAAGUUAUUCCUCCUAAACCAACGGCUUCUGGAAAGAAGAGGGUUGCUAGCGAGGAUUUAAGCUCGCCUAAAGGAGCUAAAACGGUUAGGGUGGAGCCGACUGAGUCUGUUCAAUCAGGUGGUAGUCUCUCGUUUGCCAUGGAGAGUUUCUCGGACGCCCCUGGCGGUGAUGACAUGAUGGUGGUCAAUACUCCGGACAGGGCGGGGGUACCUGUCAUGGCGACUGUCGAAGGAACUUCAACGUCUGCGGCUGUUUCGUUAGUGCAGAUCCUGAAGCUAUCCGAGAGGGAUCUGAACUCUAGUUUCCCUAAUCCUGAUUUAAACGUGUUGGUACCACAGCAAAUUAAUCGCCAAGACAUCAUUGACUGUGUACAGGUAAUGAUCGGUCAGAUUAUGGGAGCCCGGGAGGCUACUCUUGCUGUUGACAGCCGUUGUUCUACCCAGCAUGAUGACUUGGUACAGAAAGAGCGCAAGAUUGAGUCCUUAACGGCCGAGAUCGGGCGGUUGAGCUUAAGAAAACAUAGAGGUUAG